AUGUUUUCAGGACUACAGAAUCAGGUCAGCUCGUGGAUGGGAGCGGCGAAGGGCGAGCCUCAGGACGAAGAAGUUCCAACCCCGACCAAAGACGCCACGGGGGAGGCUACGGCGGAGGGCGACAAACAAAGUCCAACCAAGGGAGGCAGCAAAUUGGACCUGAUCACUAACGUUAAGUCCCAAAUGACGGGAUGGCUGGGGGCCGGGAUCCCAAUUCCGGGGCUGAGAAAAAAUGAAGCGGCUUCAACGGAACCGGAGCCAGCCCCCGUUGAACCCGAGCCAACUGAGACUAAGACAGAACCUCGGGACGAUGACGAUAACUCUAGGUACAAUAGUGCCACAGGGGGCGCAGACAGUCGCCCCGCUUCAGGGGGCGGAACCCCCACUGAUGAACAACCGGCUGGGGUCGGGAACGGUUCAAAGAAUAGAAAGUUGUUCAAUGUAGAUGCCAUGGAAAUGCCAGAUAUAGAUGAGUUGACUACGAAGGCUGUCGCGGGCGCCAAGUCUCUGGGCAGCUUCCUGUACUCCGCCGUCAAUAAGGCUGGUGCGAAGGUCAGCGAGGCCAGCGCCAAGAUCAAGAAGACCGUCGAAGAAAACAGCAUCUUGGGUGAAUUCAAUCGUGAACAAGAUGCCUUCAUCAAGGGUCAAGAGAAGGGUGGAGCAGCGGCUGUCGCGCCGUGGGUCGGAGCCCCCAACGAAGCAGCGCUUAAAGAGGAAUGCAUUUCUCUAUCUACUGACCGACGGAACUUCGUCCGCGCUCCUCCCGCGGGUGUGGACUUCGAGUUUGAUUACGACAAGAUGUACCCCGUGGCCGUGGCUAUCAUGGGAGAGGACCCCAACUUGGAGAAAAUGCGCUUCGAGCUCGUACCUAAAGUCAUCACUGAGGAAAACUUCUGGAGGAACUACUUCUACCGCGUGUCCCUGAUCUGCCAAGCCAAUGAGGCAGACGCCGGUCGCCAGGCAAGCGCAGAUGACUCUCAAGAUGAUAAGUCCGCCAGCGAAAGUCUUAUAAGUAGAGAGAAAGCCUCGCAAGGUUCUAUUGAGGAUGCAAAGGAAAGAAUAAAGUCUUUGAGAGUCGAUAAAGAUAAUGAGGACGAGCAAUGGGAAAAAGAAUUGGAAGCCGAGUUGAAAGAAUACGAGGUGGUUGUAGAAAAGACGGGAGAUGAUAAGUGGGAGAAGGAGUGCGAAGAACUGCUUGGAGAUGAACUCGAUCUGAAGUAA